UUUGUGUGUAGUCGGAAGUCUGGCACAGGGAGGGUGAAGUACUCUCAUCAACCAUAAAUACAACAACAGUCACAGUAAUAAUUAAGAAAAUGUAUGUUUUCAUUAGAGGUACAUGACAGUGACAGCACGCCCUAAAACAAUCCCCAUUCUGAAGUAUAUUGAUAGUUUGCAAGAAAACAAUUUACCGGCACUAACUUGCAUGUUGAGACGCCUGCGAGGUGAGCAUAUUGCGGUGUGCAUGGUGCUAGCUAAAUAGCUGCCUACGUUUUAGAUUUGAGCCAUCUAGCAAAAUGGGGAGGGGAAGUGGUCACAAUAACUGCAGUUAUAUUUGAGUACCUACGUGGAACAGUGUAUCGAAAGUAACCCCUGCCACACCUCGCCGAAGUGUCUCGGUAAACAUUUCUCCUGCACAAAUGGAAAUCCCCAUCUUCUUAUCAUACAGGAAAUAGCCAGGUCUGUCUGCCGCCAUCUCUCUGUCACCCUGGCAACGCUGGAACCACAGAGCAGGGCGGAGCUUAGCCCUGGCAGCAUGGCAACCACCGCUGCGCCGGGCUCCGCCCCCAGCCCACAGAGUGAAGCGGUGGCCUAUGAGCUGCAGGAGUUGUCGCUCCAGUCCAGCCCCUGUCUGCUGCCCUUGCAAGAGAGGAAGAAUGUCCUCCAGCUCAGACUCCAGCAGAGACGAACCCGCGAGGAGCUGGCCAGCCAGGGAAUCAUGCCACCGCUGAAAAGUCCUGCUGCCUUUCACGAACAGAGAAGAAGCCUCGAGCGAGCAAGAACGGAAGACUACCUGAAGAGGAAGAUCAAAAGUCGGCCUGAGAGGUCGGAGCUUGUGAGGAUGCACAUAUUGGAAGAGACGUCCGCGGAGCCCUCCCUCCAGGCCAAACAGCUGAAGCUGAAACGGGCGCGGCUGGCGGACAACCUCAACGACAAAAUCUCCCACCGGCCCGGGCCCAUAGAGCUCAUCCAGAAGAACAUCCUGCCCGUCCUCCACUGCAGCCUCAAACACAGCAUCGCAGAGGGGGCCGGGGAGAGCUCUUCACUGGACGAGGACAGCAGCGACGCCCUCUCCCCCGACCAGCCGGCCAAUCACUGCUCACCACUGGGACACGCCUCCCUACCCUCGCCCCCAGACGUGCUGGCUCACAGCAGCAACCCCUCCCCGACACAGUUUCUCUCACAGAGCCCUCUCCUCUCCGCCUCUGAGCCCUCCCUCCCUCACAGGCUGACCAAUGGCACAACGGCUAGGACAGGGUCCCGCCCCUCCGCCGGGGUUACCAAGUCCAGGUGCAGCUCGGACCGGACGUCCCAGCGCUCCAAGAGGCCCAAGGACAGCAAGCCCAAGGUGAGGAAGCUCAAGUACCACCAGUACAUCCCCCCGGACCAGAAGGCCGAGCGCGAGCCCCCCCCUCAGAUGGACGACUCCUACGCCCAAAUCCUGCACCAGCAGCAGCUCUUCCUGCAGCUGCAGAUCAUCAACCAGCAGCAGCAGCACUACAACUACCACACCAUCCUGCCUGCCCCGCCCAAACCCUCGGGAGAUCUGCAGUCUUCCACAAACACCAGCCCCUCCCAGUCACGGAAUGCACCCACCCCAUCCACAGCCUCGUCCAAUCAAAGUGGCCUGAGCCGUCAAAGCCAGGCUCCCGUGGGAGGGGCCAAACCAGGAACUUUGCCUCCUAACCUGGAUGAGUUAAAGGUGGCUGAGCUGAAACAGGAGCUCAAGCUGCGCAGUUUGCACGUGUCGGGCACCAAGAACGACCUCAUCGAGAGGCUGAGGAACUACCAGGAGCAGAGCGGGGGUGCGGCGGCCGCAGGAGGGAUGUCCGGGAGCAGCACCCCGAAAAAAUCCCUACCCCAACAGCAGCAUCAGCACACCCAGCCUGCUGGCUCCUCCCCUUCCCAUGGGAACGCCCCCUUCUUCCACCAGUCAGGAGAGAGGGGCUUGAGUUUAGCGAGCUCGCCGGCGAUGGUCACAGCUGGGACUCCAAAUCCCAUAAUGCACUUCGGCAGCACAAGUUCUUCCCCGCCGUUGUCGCCCACCUACUCGGAGCGCUCAUGCCCGGGGAUGAGCCUGGAUGAGAGCAGCUGUAACGGGGACGUGUUUGGGGAAACGGUCAGCUCCCCUCUCACCCAGCCGCGCCUGCACCCCUCCCCACAGAGGGAGAGCGCCUGCCUGCUAUCCCAGCAUGCCUCUGCCCCGGCGGCGGGCUCGCUGGACAAAGACCAGAUGCUGCAGGAGAAGGACAAGCAGAUCGAGGAGCUGACGCGCAUGCUGCUGCAGAAGCAGCGCCUGGUGGAGACCCUGCGCUCGCAGCUGGAGCAGGGCAAGAGGGGCGGGGCCCACGCGCCCGUCAAGGACGAGCCCCCCGGGGACGCGGGCGGGGCGGCGGUCAAAGAGGAGGCGGAGCCGAGGGUGGAGGAGGCGCGGCAGGAGGCACAGCCGAUGCAGACCGUCCUCCAGCUGCAGCAGAGGCCGGGCGACCAGUCACAGCGGCAGCUGCAGCUGCGGCAGAGGCCGGGCAACCAAUCACAGCGGCAGACUCAGGUGCAGCAGAGGCCGGGCGACCAAUCACAGCGGCAGCUGCAGCAGAGGCUGGGCGACCAAUCUCGGCAGAAGCUGCAGCUGCAGCUGCAGCAGAGGCCAGGCGACCAAUCACAGCAGCAGCUCCAGCUGCAGCAGAGGUCGAGUGACCAAUCGGAGCGGCAGCUCCAGCUCCAGCAGAUGCCGAGUGACCAAUCAGAGCGGCAGCAUCAGCAGAGGUCGGACGACCAAUCAGAGAAGCAGCGCCAGCAGAGGCCAGGUGACCAAUCAGAGCGGCAGCUCCAGCAGAGGCCAGGUGACCAAUCAGAGCAGCAGCUCAAGCAGAGGCCAGGUGACCAAUCAGAGCGGAAGCUCCAGCAGUUGCUCCUGCAGCAGGGCCAGCAGAAGCAGAAGAGGCCGUCGCAGUCUGAGCAGGUGUCCCCAGUGUUCCACAGUUCACAGUCUGGUUCCCCAGACCCCUCCCCCUCGUUCUCAUUGGACCUCCUCAAGAUGCAUCCCGCCCCAACCCUGGUGACCGACAGCAACGGCAACCACUACCUGAUCGCGGUGACCAGUCGCGACGCGGAGGGUCAGCGUAACGGGUCCUCGCAGGGAAAGGCUACCAGCCGCAUCACACUGCAGAGUCUACACUCCUCCCCCAGUAAAAUCCCUGCCCAAUCAGCCUCUCAGCCUGCCAGCAUGGACAGCCAAUCAAAACAGCCGCGGCAGCCAGGUCUCGUCACUCAGCCAAUCAGAAAGGGACAGAAGCCAGGACUGCACGUGGUGAUCUGCAGCUCUCAGGAGGCGGGCUUAUCUCUCUCUGCUCCAGCCAAUCAGCAGGCUUUCUUUCUCAGCGAUGAGUCUGCUCCCUCUGGAGGCCACACCCCCUCCUCCCCCACGCACAAGCUGAUUGGGGAGGGGAGCUCCGGUCUUGAUCAGCACACUCUGUUCAAACCUCCUUCCCCAGCCCCCAAACAGACCUCCAGCUCCUCACAGCGCAAGGGGAACGGCUCCUGUAGCCAGCACAUGGACGAUCUGUUCGACAUCCUCACCCAGAGUGGAGAACUGUCAUCAGGGCUCAAAGCAGACCCUGACCCAUCCCUGUCCAACGUGCAUCCCGGCAGCGCCCCUCUCCCGUCCCCCACCCCCUCCACGCUCCUCCCCUCGCCUCCUUCACCUCCCGAAUCCGUGACGUCCCGGGGGCCCACGGAAAAGACUGCGGGGGCGAGCGUGCCCGGAGACGGGGGCGGGACAGGAAACGGUCGUCUGGAGGACUUCCUGGAGAGCACCACGGGGGCGCCGCUGAUAGGGGUGGAGCCCGGCGGGCCGCUGACUUUGAUUGACGACCUCCACAACCAAAUGCUGAGCACUUCUAGUAUAUUAGACCACCCCCCUACCCCCAUGGACACCUGCGAGCUGAGCUUCACCCCCCAGCACCCCGGACUGGAUUUCGGUGACGGUGCUCUGGACAGCAUGGACUGGCUGGACAUCACCAUGAACGGCACUGGGGGGGUGGGGCCCGCCCCUCCCAGCUCCCACAUGCCCCCCAGUGUCUUUUCAGUGGACUUUUUGGACAGCCCUGACCUGCAGCUGCACUGGGAGUCCUGCCUAUAGCCCUUCAUAACUCCAUCUUCCUACAGGCUCACUCACUCACAGACCCACACUCACAGACUCAUACAGGCCCAUACUCACAGAGCCAUACUCA